CGGCGCCAUUUUGAGUGAGGACGCGCCACGCUCCGGAUCUAAUUCAACACACCCCGACUUUAACUUGGAACAACGUGCGCUGCGGGACACCGGAAGUGGAGUGCGCAUCGUGUGUAGUCAACAGUGUUUGCCUCUGCACUGCGGAGAGUUGAAGAGUUUGUCGUGCUGCUGUAACAACUUUUUCGGGAGUCCGUCCGAGAGGAGGGGCCCCUGUCCCUGCGUCUGCCUCGCCCGUCAUGGCGGAAAGCAGCUCCUACUGUCCCAAGUCUGUGGGGGGCGGGGCGGGGCGUGGCCGUGACGUAAUCCCCGUGACGUUUCCACCGGCAGCGAUGUUACUUAAGAAACUUUUAUAACGCCUCGCCGCGGCUGCAGCAAAGUCACACCGACACCGACUCACCAGACAAACCCGCCGAGAGGAGAACAGGAAAAAUGGCUCUCAGAAGUGCCGCCAGCCGUCUGCUCUCCAACAGCCAGAGAUGUGCCACCGCUGUCACCGCGUCCAGAGCUCAGGGCACCACUGCUGCAGCUCCCAGAGACGCUGAAGAAGUCCAGAAGCCGGCAAAGGCAGCCAAGGUGCCAUUCAACUGGCGGGACGCUCUGAACCUGGAGGGUCAGCUGACAGAGGAGGAGAUCAUGAUCCGGGACUCCUUCCGCGACUACUGCCAGGAAAAACUCAUGCCCCGCAUCCUCAUGGCCAACAGACACGAACAUUUCCACCGUGAGAUUGUCUCAGAGAUGGGAGAGUUGGGUGUCCUUGGCCCAACUAUUAAAGGAUACGGCUGUGCUGGCACCAGUUACGUGGCGUACGGUCUGAUCGCCAGAGAAGUGGAGAGAGUGGACAGUGGAUAUCGGUCAGUGAUGAGUGUCCAGUCUUCACUGGUCAUGCACCCGAUCAACGCUUACGGCACAGAGGCUCAGAAGGAGAAGUACCUGCCGAGGCUUGCUCGUGGAGAAAUCUUGGGCUGCUUUGGCUUGACGGAGCCCAACCACGGCAGCGAUCCCAGUGGUAUGGAGACCAAGGCCAAGUACAACCCGUCCAGCGGCACCUUCACCAUCAGCGGAGCCAAGACCUGGAUCACAAAUUCCCCCGUGGCCGACAUCGCGGUGGUCUGGGCCAAGUGUGAGGACGGCAGAGUGAGGGGUUUCAUCCUGGAGCGUGGAAUGCCGGGCUUUGCCACCCCCAAGAUCGAGGGCAAGUUCUCACUGAGGGCGUCCGCCACUGGCAUGAUCCUGAUGGAUGAAGUGGAAGUUCCCCAGGAGAACCUGUUGCCCAACGUCUCUGGUCUGGCUGGUCCCUUUGGCUGUCUCAACAACGCCCGGUAUGGUAUCGCCUGGGGAGCUCUGGGAGCGGCCGAAUUCUGCUUCCACGCUGCCCGACAGUACACUCUGGACAGAAUCCAGUUUGGGGUGCCACUGGCCAGGAACCAGCUGAUGCAGAAGAAGAUGGCUGACAUGCUGACAGAGAUCACUCUUGGCCUGCAGUCGUGUCUGUCCCUGGGAAGACUUAUUGAUGAGAAGAAAGCAGCGCCAGAGAUGAUCUCCAUGUUGAAGAGGAAUAGCUGUGGCAAGGCGUUGGAUGUUGCCAGACAAGCCAGGGACAUGCUGGGAGGAAAUGGCAUCGCAGAUGAGUACCACAUUAUCCGUCACGUCAUGAACCUGGAGGCCGUCAACACAUACGAGGGAACUCAUGACAUUCACGCCUUGAUCCUGGGCAGAGCCAUCACUGGACUGCAGUCUUUCACCGUUGGAAAGUAAAGCUUCUUGAGAUCGACUGUUCAUCAGAAUGAUAUCUGUUGAAACAUGAGGAGUAAUUAAUCGGCCCCAAAUGAAGGUGUUUCUGCCUGGGGGAGAUACAACAAUCACAAAUACCUCAUCACCUUUACUGUUUGUUUCUUCUAAACCUCUUGAUAGAAACAUUCAUUACCACCUCUGUCUGGUAUCCCAAUAUGUAACUGAGCAUAACAAUGGGUCCAACUGAGAUAUGAUACAUUUGUAUGUUUAAUAUAAGAAAUUCAAAGUCAGAAUGCAUUAUAAAAUUGUGGCAUUAUGAAUUGGUUUAUUUUUUCAUAAUUUAAUAGGAUGUAAAUAAAUGGUUAGAAUUGGUGCUGAGAUUUGUUAAGUGUGGCUGAGAUGCUGUGUGGAAUCCACUUGAUACCCUGAAAUCAAAUGAAAUCCUCAUGUUUUUAAGAUUCACAUUUGCUUUUGGUGGAAUAUGGAAGUCCAAAAGACAGGUGGGCAUGAAAAUAUAUAACCAACAUUUUAUUUCAACACCACAGAGCCAAAUAAUUCAGUUUAUUGUGUUCUUGUUAAUUGUAGUAGUUUUUAUUUAUGGAAUCAACACGCUGUAACUGACAUUGAACAUAAAUAAAGCAUGGAUUCAG